AAGGCACCGGGAGUGAGUGAGUAGGGUGCGCGCUCUGUCUCCAAAACGUUUACGCAUCGCAGCAGUAUCCGCGUCUCUCUCUCUCUCUCUCUCGCUCUCUCUCCUCUCCUCCCCCCCCCCCCCCCCCGCGCAGUCAUCUUACCAACAUCCACCACUGACCGGCCACUCUGAAGGACCGGGAGCAGAGAAGUCAACACAUGUACGGAGCCACCUCUGUCUCAAAACCACUGUGCGUUUAAUGCGUUGAGGAAUUAAAGCGGGAGAGGAAGAAGAGGAGGACGGAAGUUUUUGUGUGUGUGUGUGUGUGUGUGUGUGUGUGUGUUUUGUGUGUGUGUGUUCGCGUGGAGAGCUCAGGGCGCACCGGGACUGAAUGGUUGAGCCCAGCCCUCCAGCACUGCACCUCCUCUCCGGCGGGGAUGUCAGCAUGGCGAGCGUCGGUGUCAAAGUAGAACAGGAGGAGUCCUGCAGAGGGGGUGGAGUCAUUAGCAAUGCUGAACCUCCUAAGAGGUCUCCCUCACGUGGCUGGUCAGGAAGUCAUCCACUGGAGGCCCGCCAGCUGACCCCACCGCUCUCCCGAUCCCCUUCGGAGGGCUCUCCAGGUAAGGAGCUGCCUCACAGACAAAGCCCCUUGGGACUGAAGGAGGCCAGAACACAUGAAAGACCAGAAGGACAAUCCAGCUUCAAGGAAGUAAUGCCUACCAUUGAGAAGCUGCUGAAUGCUGACUGGAAGGAGAAACUUCUGGAUAAAAGCACAGUGGGGGCAGGACAACUGAGAGGCACCCCAGAGGCUCUGGCAGAGAAGGAGCUCCAGUUGUUGAUGAUGAUCAACCAGCUGAGCGGUCUGCGGGAGCAGCUACUGGGAGCCCACUCUGAGCAAAGGAACAUGGCCGCCCUGCUGCUGGAGAAGCAGCAGCAGCAGAUGGAGCUGGCUCGACAACAGCAGGAACAGAUCGCCAAGCAGCAGCAGCAGCUGAUCCAGCAGCAGCACAAGAUCAACCUGCUUCAGCAGCAGAUCCAGCAGGUGAACAUGCCUUACGUGAUGAUCCCGGCUUUCCACCACAACACUCAGUCCCUCUCCGUCACGUCUGACCCCCAGAUGGCCCUGCCACUGCAACCAAUCCCCUGCAAGCCAGCCGUGGACUAUCACAUGCAGCUGCUGCCAAACCAUCACCCCACCUCUGUCAAGAGGAGCAGCGGUUCCUUCCGACAGGAUGCCAGUCAGCCCCUGAACCUGACCUCCAAGCCAAAGGGGCUGGAGCUGGGGAAAACACCAAGUCCGCAGAACCUGGAGCUGGGAUCUCUGGCGCUGCACGGGGCCUACAGGUCCAGAGAUUUCCAGAGAGAAGUGUCCCACAGCCCGUCACGAUCAGCCCUUAGUUUCCUCGGAGACGGAGAUGUGGUCACCCAGGCCAUCCACGAUGCCCAACAGCUCCUGAGGGGCCACGGCACCGGAGAGCGAGAGAGGGACAGGGAGAAAGAGAGAGAGAAAGAUGGCGGGGGAAAGAUGGAGUAUAAAGAGUCUCCCCACAGCGAGAGAAUUUCUCACUGCGAGCGGGGUGAGGACCACCUCAGCAGUGACUCUGAGGGUGCCCUGCCCAUCUCGGUCCCAGGAAGCUACCCUGAGGCCCGGCCCCCUCCCUCCUCGGGCCACAUCAAGAGACCAAUGAAUGCCUUCAUGGUGUGGGCCAAGGACGAGCGCAGGAGGAUCCUGCAGGCCUUCCCGGACAUGCACAACUCCUCCAUCAGCAAGAUCUUGGGCUCCAGGUGGAAGGGCAUGUCCAACCAGGAGAAGCAGCCUUACUAUGAAGAGCAAGCGAGGCUGAGCAGGCAGCAUCUGGAGCGCUACCCUGACUACAAGUACAAGCCCCGGCCCAAACGGACCUGCAUCGUGGAGGGACGGAGGCUGAGGGUAGGCGAGUACAAGGCCAUGAUGAAGAACCGCCGGCAGGAGCAGAGAGCGACCUACACACAUAGUCAAACGGAGCCCCAGCAGAUCCACUACCCCCACGGCGACGGCCAGUACCCGGGCGCCGCCGGCACCGUCUCGGCGGCCACCAUGCCCUUUCACCACGCGUUACUGGAGCACUACCUGCCGCAAGUCUCCCCCGCGCUGUGUCGAUCGGAGGGCCAGGCUACGCCUACUUCCCUGCCCAGAGAGCGAGAGAGGGAACGGGAGAGGGAACGAGAGAGGGAACGGGAGAGGGAACGAGAGAGGGAACGGGAGAGGGAGCGCCCUCCGUACAGCGAAGGAGAGGAAAGCGAUGGAGGAGAGAGGAGUGAGGGGGAACUGGUGCUCCUGACAGACUGAAAGGAGAGUGGGGGGGAAAAAGGAAAAUGGAGGUGAGGGGUGAGAGGGAUGGGUAGCCGAGGAGGAAGGGGGGGGGGAUCUUUGUUGACUGACGGUCAACGACGAAAGAAGGGAGGGAUGGAGUUUUCUACAAAUGAGAAAAUAUCCCCUCUGUGAGGCAAAAGUGAAGAAAAACAUCAUUCUCACUCCCUUAAAUUAGUUGUUUUCAGUGAAACCCUGCCACACACACACACACACACACACACACACACACACAAAGCCACGCUCUUAUCUUAGUCAUAGACAUGUCACCAGCUGCUUUGUUUUAGUAAGGGGGCCAUGUUGAAGUUCAAAUGUAUUCUCGUUUAAUGAUGCUUCUUGUUUUCUUCCCACGUUGACUUUCGGCAAACAAAAUGCACCACAGAGAUUACAUUCGUCAGAGAAAAGUUUCAAACCAGACAAGUUUAAUAGAACCCAUGUUUUCACCUGUUGGACAGCUGAGUGAGCAUCAGCCCAGAGACGGAGCUGUGUGUUAUUAGUGUGUCAGUACUGCUCCCUGCUGGUAAAGGCUGGUUCUUACUAAAUAAAACCACCCUAAGUUCCUGUCUGCUAAUCUUCCACAAACACUGCAUUAGUCAACACUGUGGCUAAUGCAUUGCAUGCAAACCAUUAAGGUUGUGGCUCAGAUUGUCUGAUUGGGGUCAAACCCGGUAUUUGGCAAAUUUUAACCCUCCGAUUCAAAUUUGAAAGCAUACGAGAGUUAGAAUAAGAGAGAUCGAAGAUGUAUUUCAGUAAUGUAGUUUUGCCCUUCCAUAAAGAUGGAGGGGCCGAGCUAUCCUGAUUUGUAGUUCUCCCCACUAAGGUUCAAGCUCCAAAAAACACUGGAUCCUACUUUUCCCAUAAUGCAACUUCACACUGUUAAUUUAGACCCUUCCCUUUCUGGUACAUGCCCAUGUUGUUAUAAACGUCAUACUAAUAACUCUGGAUUUAUUGUAUAGAUUUGUAGUCGCAAAUCUCAACCAAAGAUAACCUUUGAAAUUGUGUUCUACAAGUUGCAUUCAAGAUAAUGUAGAGUACAAUAAAUAACAAUCUGACCCUCCUCUUCAUCGCCCCCCCACGUCACACGGCUGAGCUGUGCUGUAUUUGCUGUAUCUGUGUGUCUAUCAGUUCCCUCUCCAUAGCAUGGUGGGUUGACCUCAGCCUGACCUUUUUUUUUUUUUUAUACCUCUGUGUUUGCUUCUUUGAGUGUUAAUUGAUUGUUGUGUUGAGCACCUGCGAUCUGUAAUUAGUUUUGUGACAAAAUGAGAAAAUAUCCACAUACAACACCUUAAUAUAUACAUAAAAUUACUCAAUCUUGAAAAGUUUUAUACAUAUAUAAAAUUUUUAAAUUUUAAAUGUACAUAAUUAUUCAAUAUUGAAUUUUUUUAGGACUCGUCAUGUUCUUGGUACUAGUGCUUUGGGCCUUGUUCCAAGAUGUUGACAUUCUGAUUCUCAAAUUUCCUGAAGCUGCACUGGAAUUAGUUUCAUAUAUAAAAGCUGAAAGUAAUAAUUAAAAACUUUAGCAGUACAAGAUCAAUUGGCCUCAUAUAUAUGUAAUUAAGGUGAAGUUCCAUCUGAAUAGGCUUCUUAUUUCAUCUUUUAUUCCACCGACAUCUAACAAAGGGGCAAAUCAAUCCCAAAACACAAGCUGUUGUUCAUUUGUAGGAUGUUA